AUGGAGUGUCUAGCUCACAGGGCCUCCGUGCCCGUCGCGCUCGCGACCCCCAAGGUCGAGCAGAAGCUUCCUGCUGCUUCCGCGUCGCUUAAGUUCGCCGCUAGCCCCGCUCUUGGUAACCAGCUCGUCGCGAAAAGUCGUCAAGCUGCACGUGCGAGCCAGCCACAGCUUAGGCGAACCACCCCUCGCUGCGAAGCCGCACCAGAAGGCGCUGCUCUUACAGCUCCUGAGAAAAAAUCCUCAAGCGACGAUACCAUUCAACAGUUCCUGCAGCGGGAUUACAAGUACGGGUUCGUGUCUAACAUUGAGAAUGUCCAGAUUCCUAAGGGAUUGACGGAGGAGACGGUGAGGCUGAUUUCGGCGAAGAAGAGGGAGCCGGAGUGGAUGCUGGAGUUCCGUUUGAGUGCGUUCCGACAAUGGCAGAAGAUGACCGAACCUGAGUGGUCGGACAAUCGCUACCCGAAGAUUGACUUCCAGGACGUCAUUUAUUACUCCGAACCGAAGCAGAAGGAGACGAAAGCCUCUCUCGACGAAGUCGACCCGGAGCUGCUGGCGACGUUCGACAAGCUCGGCAUCUCCAUCUCGGAGCAGAAGCGCCUCGCGAACGUCGCCGUCGACGUCGUCUUCGACUCCGUCUCCAUCGCGACGACCUUUCGCGAAGAGCUCGCGAAGGCCGGCGUCAUCUUCUGCUCCAUCUCGGAAGCAAUUCGCGAAUACCCGGACCUGGUCCGGAAGUACCUGGGGAAGGUCGUACCCGUCGCGGAUAACUACUACGCCGCUCUCAACUCCGCCGUUUUCAGCGACGGGAGCUUCUGCUACAUCCCUAAAGACACCAUCAGUCCCAUGGAGCUGAGCACGUACUUCCGAAUCAACGCCAUGGAAACGGGUCAAUUCGAGCGAACCCUAAUCGUGGCUGAUGACCGGAGCUAUGUGAGUUAUCUGGAGGGGUGCACGGCGCCUUCGUACGAUAAGAACCAGCUGCACGCGGCGGUGGUGGAGCUUUGGACGGGCGAGGGCGCGGAAAUUAAGUACUCGACGGUGCAGAACUGGUAUGCGGGCGACAAGGACGGCAAGGGCGGGAUUUACAACUUUGUGACCAAGCGCGGGCUGUGCGAGGGCAAGAACUCCAAGAUCUCCUGGACGCAGGUGGAAACUGGGUCCGCCAUCACGUGGAAGUACCCGUCCGUGGUGCUCAAGGGCGACAACAGCUCGGGCGAGUUCUACUCCGUGGCGCUCACCAACAACAAACAGCAGGCCGAUACUGGCACCAAGAUGAUCCACGUGGGGAAGAACACGCGCAGUCGCAUCGUCUCAAAGGGCAUUUCAGCAGGGCAGUCGCUCAACUGCUACCGGGGGCUCGUGCAGGUGCAGCCCACGGCACAUGGAGCGCGCAACUACUCUCAGUGCGACUCCAUGCUCAUUGGGGACAAUGCCGGCGCUAACACAUACCCGUACAUCCAGGUGAAGGAUCCAACGGCACGGGUGGAGCAUGAGGCAUCCACAUCCAAGAUUGGGGAGGAUCAGCUGUUUUACUUCCAGCAAAGAGGCAUUGAUGCCGAGAAGGCAGUGGGCAUGCUCAUCAGUGGCUUCUGCCGUGAGGUGUUCAACGAGCUGCCCCUGGAGUUUGCCUCCGAGGUCAACCAGCUCAUGAGCCUCAAGCUCGAGGGCUCUGUUGGUUAA